ACUCUGGUCAUUGAUAAACAUCAGUAAUGGUGACGUUGGCAUUCAUUACUUCUGUUCGCAUCAUAAUUAGUAGUAGUUGAGAGAUAAAUCACUGAUUUUGAUUUAAAUUACCCCAGUCCCACGUUGAACUAAUAGCUGGUUGUCAUCUGAUAGCCUAAGUCGUCGACGACUUGCGAUGCAAUUAAUGAGAAGAUUAAUGAACGCUUUGUCGAAUUUAGCCAUAGCCCAAGGAGGAGACGCUAAGUGUUUGUUAUGAUUCUUUUGGAAUGCGCAGACGACACAGUGUCAGGAUGAAAACAGACGAAUGCUUAUUGGAUUUGCAUUCUUUGGAACUAGUUUCUAUUGGAACCUCGGAUCCAGGAUUGGAAUCUGUGAAAUGCGAUGGGCAUGAUUCCUUCCAUUGCCAAAAGGAAGAAUCGAUUUUCAGCAAUUAUCAAAAUGAGCAGAUCACCUGCUCUCAAAAUGGACAGGAUGAUGCAAACUUUUAUUCAGAGUUUGUCCCCAGCUCGGAUAAAUUCGUUGAGGGAUGUGUGAGGGCUAAUAAACCAAAAACAAGAUUCAAGUUCAACUUUGAGCUAUGUUCAGACGAACUCAGCGAAACUCACUCCAACAUCAGUCCACGCACUGCAGGAGAUGAAGGGAAAUUCAGUCUUAAUUGGGAGUUAAGUCCAGCAGAAGGUCGAGGGUUAUUCAAUCCCGAGUUGAGUCCAUCAGAUGUAGAUGGACCUAGGUUUACUUAUGACUCGUUGGAUGAGGUGUCCGUCAUACGACUACCUUUACUCGGGCUCGGUGUCCAUGGCAAUAACCUAGCAGCACGUCGUGGCCAGGGUCUACCACCUGUCCAAGUGGACCCUGGCUUUCAUCCCUUCUCCCCUGGACCUCUUGCCCCAAGUCCGGGCGGCCUCAGCACGCGGAGCACGCGAUCAAAUUGGAGUGAACUCAUGCAUCUGAAGAAGAAGGACUCCUCAGCGUCUUUCAAUAGCGACAGUGGAUCCAUGAAGAGCAUGUCUAUGUCCGGCAUGAGCAGUGUGAUGAGUGAGCGGUUGAAGGAGCUCCGGCGCAAGUUCACCAGCCGCACGGAGCACGUCAAGGAGAGGACAGCCCAGCCUCCUACCCCAUCGUCGUCCACCUCUGACCUGGAGGCUGAGGUCAAAUCAGGUGCUUCCGCUUCCUCGCCAGGAGCCCUCAAGCCACCCCCUCAGAGAAACCGGCUGAACUCCCUCUUUCCCGGAGGAUCGGUCGCUAGUGGUAACGUCCUCAAUGAUGACAUUCACUUCAUCGGAGUGGGUCACUGCAAGAUCAAAUGUCCCCGGUGGCUCAAGGCCAUCAGGUUCCCAGCCGCUAUCGACCCUCAGAGUAAAUUCUACAUCGUGUGGUUGUUCAUCGUGACCUUGGCAUUCAUGUACAACGCCUGGGUUGUACCACUGCGAUGGGCCUUCAAACAUCUCGUGCAGACAUCAGAAAAUCUCCACUAUUGGUGGGCGUGCGACUACCUUGCCGACUUCAUCUAUAUCGUUGACAUCCUCUUCUUCGAAUCGAGAUUGAUUUUCAUUAGCAAUGGCGUGUUUGAGAAAGAUCCGAAGCUGAUGAGGAAGAACUACUUCAAGAAGUUGGUAUUCAAGAUUGAUUUGCUCUGCCUGUUUCCACUCGAACUCCUGUAUCUAAUCCAGGAGGUCCAGUUCAAUUCCUUAUGUCGCCUUCCAAGACUACUCAAGAUUCCAACGUUCUGGGAGUUCUAUGAACGAUUCGAUCAGGCAGCAAAGUCGGGCCAUGUGAUCCGUAUCAUGAAGACCAUGACGUACAUGGUCUACCUGAUCCACGUGGAGGCAUGUGGUUACUACUGGGUCUCCUACAUGGAGGGAUUCAGUACGAAGUGGACCUUCCAGAAGAAAGAGUACAUGAACGUCACUGCGUACAUCCGUUGCUUUUACGUUGCGACCAAGACGGCCACGUCGAUCGGAAAGAAUCCUAUCCCAACUAAUGAUCUCGAGUACGUCUUCAUGAUCGUCUACUGGUUGUCAGGGGUGUUUGUCUUCGCUUUGUUGAUUGGACAAAUCCGCGACAUCUUCGAGGCUGCGGGGCAGCAGAAGUCAGAGUACAGGAAGACAAUGGACAUUACGCUGUGGUACAUGCAGUCACUGAACCUUCCGAAGGAGCUUCAGGGCCGAGUAAGGAUGUGGUUUAACUAUAACUGGGACCAGCAGAAGACACUCAAUGAGAACAGCCUGAUAGAUGCGCUUCCCAAGAAGAUGAAGACAGACCUGGCCAUCAACGUGCACUUCCAGACCCUGACCAAGGUGCAGCUCUUCCAGGAUUGUGACAAGACCUUACUUUAUGAUCUCAUCCUCAAACUCAAGCCAGUGUUGUAUCUGCCGGGAGACUAUAUCUGUAGGAAGGGUGAGGUCGGAACUGAGAUGUAUAUCGUGAUGAGUGGCCAGGUCCAGGUGGUUGGAGGUCUCAAUAAUGAUAUCGUCUUUGCUACUUUACAUGAAGGCAGUGUGUUUGGAGAAAUAAGUUUGCUAGCACUUGCCGGAGGUAAUAGGCGCACCGCAGACGUGAGGUCGAAAGGUUUCUCGAAUCUGUUCCUCCUGUCCAAGGCGGACUUUGAGGAGGCCAUGAGUGACUAUCCAUCUGCAGCUUCUCUACUAAAGAAACGAGCAAAGAAACUACUGUCACAGAACAAGAAGCAUGAGAAGAAGGAGCAGGAGGAUGAGGAGUCGGAAGACAUCAUCAAGAGUCGGGAGCCUACACCCAAGAUGGUCAAGGCGGUCAUUCAGCUUCUGGAACCCACCUCAAAAGUGGCUGAAGUAUUACAAAAGGGAAAGAAACGGAAGAAGAGGCUGAAGAGGAAUAAGGUUAGCCCUGUUGACAACCAUGAGGAGAAGCCACCGGUGAGGCGGAAGCUGGCCAGGAGCAUCACUGACGAGAUGGAUAGGAUGGCAUCGCUGGAGGAUAAUGAGGAGGAGGAUCACGGUUAUGUGGGUGAUGAGAACGGAGAUGAUGAUGAUGAUGAUGAUGAUGAUGAAGAUGAUGAUGGUGAUGAUGUGAAGGAACAGAGUCAUGAUGAUGACCCUGUUGCUUCUAUAUUUGGUUCACAGCUCGACCUGGACGCCAUCUCUCAAGUAUCCGAGGACAUCAUCAACCUGCCAGACCAAGCCGGCUCCAACCCCAGCCUGAGGCAGGAACCUAUGCUAGAAGACAAGGCAUUAGAUGAUAUCCUCGACAGCAACAAACUGAGCGAAGAUCUGAAGACACUGUCCCCAAGCAAAGCUCUGCAAGUGCAAAUUCACGUGGAAGAGGAAGAUACACGUCCGUUAUCUAAGCUCAGCAAAGACUCGUUCAACCACGAGAUGGCAGAGCUAAUGGAAGAAAUCGAGAGGACUUCUCAAUCUCUACCAACACCUUCCAAGGUCAAGCCCAGGAUGAUGCGCCUGGUCUCUAGUGACUCUGACUCCCCGGAACUCGUCCACUACCCCCGCAGCCGUCCAAUCUCCGUGGAGAUGGCCCCGGCGCUCGUCCAGAUAGAAAAAGAGGUGACAGAGCUUCAGAUCCCCAAGGAGAACCGGAUCGUCUGCGACGUGGAGGUCCACCGCGAGAAGACACCGUCCAUGAACGAGAAUACGGGCGGGUUUGAUAACCCAGCGUUUGUUCCGUCUGAUAGUUGCCAGUCAUUGAAGAAUGUUUUAGAGCGCGGUGGCAUUAAGCCAAGUUGAGUUGACUCCUGUGAUUCGUUGAAUAUAUCCUGGCAUUGACUGUAGCUGCAGUGAUAAUUAUGAGCGUCAAAAACCAAAACAAAUGUCACCUUCCACUUUAUCUAUGCUUCCGAAGGAAUCACCAAUGCUGCCGUCCUAACGAAAGACACCCAUCUACGUUAUCUCGUUUAAUAUCACAGCAAACAACUUCGAUGAAAUUGAGCUAAAAUGUUACAAAUCUACCAUAUUUUGUUUGAAAUUGUUCAUUAAUCACAAACUGGGUAAAACACAGUAAAAAACUAGAACUAGUUGCAGGUUCUGCAUGUCCGUCACCGACCAACCUGUCGUCUUGCCGGCGGUGGACGUCUAUCCUGAGUCUCCUCCUUUCAAGAGACGCUCUACUCUUUGUGAGGGAUGGAUAUACAUUUCCGCACAACGCCGGUAGAUCGGCAUGCAGGCCACUUGUACUAAUUUUACUUCAGCAAGGUUUUGUUUAGCAAUUUGUUUCUCUCUCUGUUG